UUGUGGUACAUGCAUCAAAUUUUAAUUUUUUACGUUAUUAUAACUUCUUCAGGUAACUGCGUUUUUAUUGUUGAAUAAAGAAGAAACCUUAGUGCACGAGAACUAAAUUACACAGCCUACCAGCGGGACAACAGAUGUCAGAUGCCAUUAAAAGCCAGACUGAUGGGGGUGGGGUGCAUUUAUUAGGGUUGAUGUCAAUGUCAUGUAAAUGGGGGUCUGUCAUUACCGGCCCACACCAGGCCCCGUCAGUCUUUGAGAAACUCUGAGCAUUGAUUUCCAACAAACUAGUUUUGAUUUUGUCAUUUAAGAUGAUUUUUUUUUUUUUGCUGCAAUAUAUCAUAUGGUGUUGUAGCUUCUGUCAGUCGUGGUGUCUGUGCUCACAGCGUCCCGUUUCACAUUGAUGUGAUAUUGAAGGUCAGAAGGUUAAAGAAAAAUUCUUUGUUGCACAACCCUGCUCUUACCCGAGUGUCCACCACAAAGUAGAAGCAAAAAAAAAAAAAAAAAUCAGUCGCUCCAACAAGUUGUGCAAAGUGGUCUUGUGUACGAUCACCAAACAUUCUUGUGCACUGACAUCACUCUCCGACUGGUGAACAAACCGUAGGUGUGUAUCUGUCACCUACGGCCUGGAGUGUGAGCAUCAUAGUUAUUUUUUGUGCUAGAAAUAAGGAAGCUGUGAACGUGGAACAUUUAAACUUACAACUGACUGACUAACUAACUAACUAGUUUACAAGGGAUUAGUUCAAAGAAGUUGUGUUGACUCGCACAGUCUCUUCACACACACAAAGACACACACACUCAGACUGUGUGCAUGGAGCAAGUCCGACUCUCAAUAGCUUUUGUUAAAUCUCUUCAGCUUCUUUUUACCCCUGCUUCCUGUCCACAGGGAGCAGCGCUGCUCACGUGCACACGAGCGUGCAUGUGUCUCAUGGUUUUUGUGCAGGCCCUUAUGUGUUAAACAAAAAAGAUUUUAGCAGGGCUAAGGGACAGAAUACCCUUUGGUUUGAAACCCAAAAGAUUGCUAAAACCAAUGCUACAGGUACACAUAAGGACUAAGAACAUAGGCACAGAAGGUAUAAUAUCCUUCUGUAUAUAGAUAUAUGCUUAUAUAUAUACUGUAUAUAUAGAUAAAAAAGAGCUAAAACUUUUCAAAAUGUUUCAAGUUACAAAAAACCCCCCAAAGCUAGCCAAAAUCGCUAAAGAUUAGUUCGGAAAAAACAUGUGAUAUUUGUAGUUGAUUGAACAAGAUUUGGCAAAAAAUAAGUUAUAAGUUAUAUAUAUAAAUAGCUAGCUAAUUCCCUUAUUCGUCCCACAGUGGGCAAGAUCACAGUCUUCUAUUCAGAGUCUUUGCAACCCACCCAGGCUGCCACAGGAGGCGCCAUUAGGAAUAUGUGGUUCCUCUGGGGCUCGAACCCAGGACCUUACUCGUGUAAAGCAGAUGUGUAAAGUGUGUAAAACAAAGUGCUUGUAUCGUACCAGAAUCUAACAGUAAAUGUUGCUCCUGUCUUUGUACUGCCAAACUCCUGACACUGUUAACCUACUUGAUUACAGUAAACUACCAAUGAGGACAAUGAGACGCUCAAACGAAGACACUCGCUGACUGGUGUGCUGUUGGCUGUGGGUCCCUGGAUUGACACGUUCAUCAGGAAGCAGUUUCUGGUCGGACGCCACAGUCACGGCACCUGACUUUUGGAGUACCGUUGCCUCCCGGAACGCCUCAUCUCUGGAUGGGUGAAGACUGUCUUCUUCUUCUCUUCUCCUCAUUGUCUCCGGCCAUUGUCAAACUGAGACCACUAUCUCAGGCUCCAGACAGUUUCCACUUCUCCAGAGGAUUUUGGCUGGCGAACAAGGAGGAGGAAGACAACAACCAUUUAAAACAAGUUCUACAUCGGCACGAACCUACAGGUUGUUUCUGGAGAACAGCAAAAGAGGAAGCAGAUAUGGCGCACGUUAAUGAUCAGCUGGUGCCAAUUCUGGAGGACUUGAAGGACGAUGAUUUCAGACGCUUCAAGUUUCAUCUGCAUAAGUUGGAGGAUAACCUUCAGCGGAUCCCACUGUACCGUCUUGAGUCAGCAGACCGGCUGGAAACAGCAAUUUUGAUGGGGCAGUAUUACCCAGAUCAGGUUUUGGAAGUGACCCAGGCUGUUCUCAAAAAGAUCCCUAGGUUGGACCUGGUGCAGGCUUUGUGUAACAACAGCCUUAAACCAAACGAGAUCUAUGUCAAUGUUAUAACACCUCCAGCAAUUCAUACGUUUGACCCUCUGCUCAACACUAGUGGAUAUGAAGAGUUCCCUGAACAGGAUCCAGAUCAAGAUCCAGACGUCGUCAUGCACCAGGGCCAGCUCCAGUCCUACCUCAAAGAUUGCUUCGUGGUGGUUAAAGAAGGCAUGUCAGAGAAAAAUAAAGCAGAGUGUCUAGACGACAUUUUUGUGGAGCUCUUCCUCACAGAUGGAGGUGAUAUAGAAAUCAAUGAGCAGCAUGAGAUAGACUGGAGUGGAAGCGCAAAAGCCAAGAUGGCAGAUGCAGAGAAGCUAAUUAACCCCAACAAGAUAUUCCAAAGUCCCAAUGACAAACCGAUACGAACAGUGCUGACGGCAGGAAUUGCAGGAAUUGGCAAAACCAUCCUUGUUAAAAAGUUUGUCUUGGACUGGGCCAACGGGAGGCAAAAUCAGGAUAUACAUUUUUUAUUUCCUUUCGGCUUUAGUGAACUCAAUUUGCUGAAGGACAAGCAUUUGACUUUUGCCCAACUUGUCUAUGAGAGCAUCUGGGAAACAAAAGGCAUCCCAAAGGAAUACCUCCAAAAGGUUUUCACAGAACUCCAAGCCUCGGGAUGUCGAGAUUACAAAAAUAAAAACAAUAAAUAUAAAAUCCUGUUUGUGUUGGAUGGACUGGAUGAAAGUCGCCUUCAGCUGGACUUAACUCAAAGCAAAAAGCCAUUAGUGCCCUUCGAUGUAACACAGUCUGCGUCAGUGGAGGUCCUGCUGUCAGCUCUAAUUCGUGGAGAACUACUUCCAUCUGCACGUAUUUGGAUCAGCACUCGGCCAGGUGCUGUCAAACUGAUCAAUGGUGACUUUGUCCAAAGAAAGACGCUAGUCAGAGGGUUUAACGAUCCACAAAAAGAGGAGUACUUCGAGAAGAAAUUCCCAGACAGAAAUCAGGCCGACACAAUAAUCUCCCACAUCAAGGCUUCACGAACUCUAUUCAUUAUGUGUCACAUUCCAGUCUUCUGUUGGAUCACCUCUAUUGUUCUGAAAGAGGUUCUGAAGAAGAAAGCAAAUAUGGAACUACCAACAACAUUAACGGAAAUGUACUCCGAGUUCCUGAUGUAUCAGAUCACAUCCACAGGAGAAAAAUGUGGCAAGAAACAGAGCAUUCGCUACAUCAAGUCAUUAGCAAAACUAGCUUUCGUUAAACUGAAUGAAGGUAACCUCUUCUACGAGAAAGACCUAAAAGACAGUGGCAUUAAAAGCCAUAAAGCCUCGUUGUACGUGGAUGUGUUGACGGAGGUUUUCGAGGAGGUGCACAGGUGGAGAGACGACGAUGCUCCCAAAAAAUACAGCUUUGUCCAUUUGAGCCUAAUGGAGUAUCUGGCUGCACUUCAUGUGGUGAUGUCUCUCAUUAACAAAAACAGGAACGUUCUGUCCUCAAAGCUGGAUCUGGAAAGGCUGUUCAAGCCGUGUGUGAAGAAAUCUUUGACAGAAGUUCACACGAUUGCAAUUCAGAACGCCUUACAAAGUUCUAAUGGACAACUUGACUUGUUCCUGAGGUUCCUGUUGGGUCUUUCUCUCCAGAGCAGUCAGGUCGUCCUUAAACCCCUGUUGAAGGGUUUCAAAGGGCAGACUCAGAACAAUUACCAGGAAACCAUUGAAUCCAUCCAGACAGGAAUAAGAGAGAAUACCUCUACUGAGAGAACAUUCAAUCUCUUUUACUGCCUCAAUGAGCUGAAAGAAAAUUCCUUAGUAAAUGAAAUCCAACAAUAUCUAAACCCAGAAAUUCUUCCCUCGAGCAACCUCACACCUCUCAACUGGCAAGCUCUGGUAUUCUUUUUAGUAUCGUCAGAAAAAACAGUGAAUGAAUUUGACUUGAGAAAAUACUGCCCCACAGAGGAAGGUCUCUUCAGACUGUUGCCAGUGGUGAAGGCUUCCAAAAAAUCAUUGUUGGUCAGCUGCAAACUGUCCCAGACUGUUUGUUUAGCCCUGGCAGAGGUUCUUUGCUCUGAGUCUUCCAUACUGACGGAGUUGGACCUAAGUGACAAUGAACUGAAAGACGCAGGAGCAAAGCGCCUAAGUUCUGGACUGCGGAAAGGAACUUGUGCCCUUAAAGUUCUCCGACUUUCAGGGUGCAUGAUCUCAGCUGAUGGAUGUAAAGUUCUGGCUUUAGCUCUGAAGGCCAACCCCUCCAACCUAAGAGAGCUGGACUUGAGCUUCAACCAUCCAGGAGAGUCAGUGAAAAAAAUGCUGAUGGAUUUGAAGAAAGACCCAAACUGUCAACUGGAUAUCCUCAAGCUCAACAACUGUGGACAAGAACGACUAAAGGCUGGUGUUAAGAAAUAUUUUUGCAAACUUGUCCUUGACCAAAACACAGCCCACACAAACAUGAAACUGUCCGACGGGAACACAGUUGUGACAGCUGUUGAAGAGAAGUUGCUGUAUUUUUAUCAUCUAGACAGAUUUGACUGUUGGCUUCAGGUGCUGGGCGACACUGGACUGAAUGGACGCUCUUACUGGGAGGUAUCGUGGAAAGGUAGUGCUCACAUUGGCGUAACAUAUAAAGGGAUAAUAAGAAAGGGACAGGGUGCGGACAUUGGCCUUGGGUCCAAUGAUCACUCCUGGGCACUGCUGUGCCAGGGAAAAGAAAGCUACUCUAUCCAGCAUGAAAAUGAAGUUAAACCCAUUAACCCCCCCGCAUCCCCUGCAACCCAAAAAGUGGCAGUUUUUCUGGACUUUCCAGCGGGAACUCUGACCUUUUACAAAGUUGGCUAUCAUAAGCUGAUCCCGCUUCACACGUUCACGUCUGAAUUUACAGAACCACUCUACCCAGCCUUUGGUUUUGGGGUUGACUAUUCUUCCAUAAAGUUUGGAUCAUCAGUAUCUCUCCCUGAAGCUUCAAAAGACAUGUUUUAGAUGGAGGGAUGAUGGGACAGAUCGAUGGACCUUUAGAAAUGAUGGACCUUGAUAAGUUUGGAUUGCACUUGUUGGCACUUAUUUAUCCCGCAAUGGGGAAAUUCACAGUGUGAGUCUUUGCAACCGACACAGGCUGCCACACGAGGCGCCAUUAAGUAUGUGGUUGCAACUCACAGUUUACCACAAUGGAAUCGCUGCUAAACAUUGUUGCCCGUAAACAUUUCUGGCCCAAACUUUCAUCUCUACUUAUACUCAAGUCCACAUGGACACUUUGUGCCAUUUGGAUUUUUUCCUUUAAUUUGGACAGAAUCUAAAAAUCUUGGACUAAAUGGUGGUUUUAAUGUUGACUGGAUCCUUCCUUCUUAUUGUUCUCUGUUUUUUUUUUUUGUCGAGAUUUUUGGGACAUUUCACCCUGUCAUAAUUUCUUUGGAAGAUUUCUAGGGCUCCUUAUCCAGGGGAGAGCUCUCAGGAACGGACCAAGUUGCAAAGGAUAUACGUUUGCAAAACACGUUAGAAUUGCGUCACUGAAGUAAUAUAGGAGUAGAGGAUGCAAAACGCAAACUUUCAAGUGGCAUCCCUACUGCAUACAACUAAAGAUUUCUUUGUGUACAUAUCUACAACAACACAACAAUACAAAGAACAAUAUUGAGAAGCUACCUGGGACAGACCUUUCUAAGGCCUAACCGCUAACUAUUGGCCAAGCUAAAUCUGUCACUCUUGAACUCUUCACUCACGGUUAGUUAAGCGAGAAUUUUUUUUUUUUUUUUUUACCGCAGUGUUCUUUUCAUCACCCCUUAACUAACCCAGUGUGUUGUGUACUGUAUGUAGGUUGCAGAGAAUUAAUUAGGCCACAGCAGUGACUAAUCUGACUGUUCAAGAGUGGAACUUAAUUUUCAAUUAAUUCAUUUGUUUCACACCUGGCUUCGUCGGCACUAACGUAGACUAAUUAUGUUUUGACUCUUUCCACUGAGCUGUUUUGCAAUUAUGUAAAAAUGAAAUUUACCCUCAGGUUUUCUCUCUUUCUCGCUCGGCCAUAAAUGAAACUGAAAUUUCACAAAGGCUGAGACACCAUUUAUCCCCAGGUUCAGGUGUUGAAUGUGUGUCUUUAGAUUUUGUUUGAUCUUUUACGAAUUUAAAAAAAGGAAAAAAAAAAGACAUUCGAUAAACAAUCUCAGCAACAUUUAAAGAAAAAAAGGCUUAAUCUGCUCAUUCCUUCACCUUGAUAUUCUGAGUCUGUAAUCUAACUGCUCACAGCUGCUUAGUCCAGAGGUUCCCAAAGUGGGGGGCGCGGCCCGUAGAGGGGGCACGGUGCCAUGAAGGUGGUGUAAAAUGAAUAUCCGAUAAUAAUAUUGUGCGAUAUCCGAUAAGUAUUAUUGGUCGAUCUUCUUGGAGCAGCAGUAGUAGCCAAACGGGGCAACGCUAGCAUAAAAUGACGUUUUUUUUUAACAGUUAGCCCACGUCAUCCCCAAAGCAGAGGAUUACGCAUUGGUGUGUGUGUGUGUAUGUGUGUAUGUGGCUUGUUUUCUUUUUUGGGUGGGGGGUUUAAAAAGCAGAAAAGGUUUGGGAAACCCUCGUUUAGUGUAUGUGUGUGUGCCUGUGUGUGUGUGUGAGAGUGUGUUUUUACUUCAGGGUAUAUAAGGUUUGAUUUGUACUGGGACUGUGCAGCUUUCAGUUUCUCUCAAUGUCACAGGCAGUGUGUGUAUGUGUGUGUGUGUGUAUGUGUGUGUGUGUGUGUGUGUGUGUGUGUAAUAAAGGUUUCAUGUCAGGUUAUAAUCCUGUCAGGCUCAGAAACCUGAACUGACGUGUACAAGAUGGAGGAGGAGAGAGAGAGAGAGAGAGAGACAGACAGUCAGAGAGAGAGAGUGAGUGAGUGACAGGUUCUCUUUUUCGCUUAAGGGGGGUUACUAUGGUAACGUGCCUCCCUCUUUCUCUAUGUUGCCAUGGAUGCGAGUCGGAAAACGACUUUUGCCUCUGUGCCUGCGAGCAAAUGUGCCCCAGGAUGUACAGGAACUAAGCUAAAAAAAUAUUUAUAGAAUUUUUUUUUUUUUAACCAAACGAAAAUAAAAAAGUUGUUAGUUGAAAAGAGACAUUAUACGGUUUAGAAAUAAAUGAAAUAAAUGUUGUUUAAAUGUGAUUUUUUAUUUUUCCAUUUGUUUGUUUUUUUUUUCCUCUUCGUGGUGAUUGGCUAGUAAAUACCUGCCACUUCUUAAAGUUAUUUAUUGUAGAACGGAACGUUUCUUGUCAUUCGUUAGUUUUCACAUGUUACAUUUAUACCUUGUUUUUUGACUUAAAGGUUUGUAUUUAAAUGUUUUUGUUGUUCUUAUUAUAAUGUUUUAUGAGACAUUUUCAAAAAUACAUUUACAUUUCAUAUAAAGUGACCAGUUAAAGCUUAAAGAAACCUAAAUUUCAAACUGAAACGAGACAAAAAAAAGUAAGAAAAAGGGAAAAAAAAAACACCUUAAAAAAGGAAAAUGAUCAAAUUGUUACAUUGUUGAAGUCAUGCUAUCUAUAUGAACAUUCAGGAGCCACUUUAUUCAUGCCUAGAACAACAUUUGAUUAACCAAGAAAUGAGUUAGCAGAUGAGCUGUUCAUAAAAAUGGUUUAGUUCAUGCUAAGUGACCAGCAUUUGGGAAUAAAAGAGCUAAUUAAAGAAAUGUGCUAAAGAAAAAAAAAACAUGGAGAAAAGCGUUAGAAAAAUUCUCGUGUCUGUAAUGACCACUUUUCCGACUCACAUCCUAAUAAAAGGUUUGGUGGGACAGAAAAUG